UCUCGAUUCAGGCUCUUCUCGUCCGGCAACGAUUCGCCGUCGAAGGAAGAUUCUGUAAGUGCUCCCGAAGCGAAUUUGGUGCCGGCUCAGAAGAAAGGCGUAUGUUUGGACGUACAAGAUGUGAGUAAUAAAGGUUUUGUUCGUAGUUAGGGAAAUGCUGGAAAUCUAUCACUUUUUUGGCUGAUUUGUCUUCACGAUCUAAUGCUUCGCAUUGAGAUUGGGUGAAAUUUUGAAUGUACGUUCUUUUUUUCUUACUGCAAUUGAUGUCUUGAGCGAUGAUCUCUGGAUCUAACGUUGCUGCCGCGGUAUUUGGAUUUUUUUUCAAUGCGACUAUAUCAUGAAUCAUGGGAGCUCAAAAUUGUAAUAUUUUCCAUUUGAUGACCCAUAAAAUUUGUGCCCAGAAUUGAAAAUGAAGAUAGACAAGUACUUCAAAGGUGAUGAGGAGGCACUACCAUCAAUUCUUGAAGCUAUUCUUCAGAGGAAAUUGGGUGGAAAGCAUGAAGGUACGGAUGAUGAACUUGUUGAAGAACUACGAAUGCAACCAUUGGAUGAUGUGAAGGACAAAGAAUUUGAAUCUGAUUUUGAAGAAUUGUAUGAGACAGAUGAAGAGAUUGACGAUCUUUACAGUGCUAGAGAUAUAGUUAUGAAAAAAAUGGUAAAGGAUGAAUACUUCAACAUGGAUGACAAAAAAUGGGAUGAGCUUGUUGAGGAUGCAAUUAAGCAUGGGAUCCUGAAGGACACCAAGGAGUGUGAACAGAUUUUGGAGGACAUGCUUAGUUGGGACAAGCUCCUUCCAGAUGAUAUGAAGAAACAAGUAGAAGCAAAAUUCAACGAGCUAGGGGAUUUGUGUGAAAAAGGGGAGCUUGAACCUGAAGAAGCUUACAAUCAGUUUAAACAAUUCGAAGAUCAGAUGGUGAUGGAAUAUGGAAAGAUGAUGGAGGCAGAAGGUCCCCCCAAGUUUGAUGGAACAGAUGUGGCAGAUAACAAAAAAGACUUGGAUGAGCCGCCAGGUGAAGGGCCAAUUCUUAGGUGGCAAACAAGGGUUGUGUUUGCACCAGGUGGGGAUGCAUGGCAUCCCAAAAACCGAAAAGUGAAAUUAUCUGUUACUGUGAAGGGGCUUGGUUUAUCAAACUACCAAUUCCGUCGACUAAGGGAAUUGGUUGGCAAGCGAUAUCAUCCUGGGAAAGAUGAGCUUACCUCAUUCACUAGUGAGAGGUUUGAACACAGAGAGGAAAAUAGAAAGGAUUGCCUUAGGACUCUUUUUUCUCUAAUUGAGGAAGCUGGGAAAGCCAACAAACUUGUAGAGGAUGCUCGAACUUCAUAUGUGAAGGAGAGGCUGCGUGUGAAUCCCCAGUUUAUUGAGAGGCUGCGUGCUAAGAAAAUGGGCUUGCAACCAUCAUGCCCUUAAUCUGCUUCAUUGUUUGAUUCGUGAUGCUGUUGAAAAGAAGAAUACACAUUUGGCUCAACAUUUUUGGUGAAGAAGUAUUUUUUUCAUUGGUUUUUACAAAAAAAAAGUUACAAAAUUCUAGAACAUGUCCAUCAAUUUUGAUUUUGUCAUCAAUAGCGAUGUUUUGACCCCUUGGAACUACCUUUACGACUAUAGGAACUAGGAAUUAAUAAUGUAUCUUAAUUAUGUACUUUUCUAUUGUGCUUUUUCAUGAACAUAUAUGGAAAUUCUAAAUGAAUGAGAGGUUCCCAAGAGAGGAAUAC